GGCAAUAUGUGUCUCUUUUUGAAGACUGCACGGAAACACAGAAUUGAUAAGAAGCAGAUUGCAGAUUGCUGGGAUCCUUUUCAUUGACAGCCCAAAGCUUGAGCUUUCACCUCGUCGCGUCCGCUCCAACCUCAUACUUUCACAGAAGGCCACUUCAGCAGAAACAAGCUUGUCCUUUAUUACAACCCCAAAAUAGACCAUCUCCACAAUAUCGUACAAUGAUGAAAGUUGAGGAGCAACCAUCGGACGUCAAACCCCACGAGGAUAUGAUGGUCGCUGACCUGGAUGAUGAUGAUGAUGACUCUGUCUUGGCAGGGGACGAAGAAGCACCCGCGGACCACGGUGAAAAAACCCAACGGGCAACGAGUGUGUUCGAAACCUCAGCAAAAGAAGAUUCUAGGAUCCGAAUGUUCCGCUUCUUUGUGGUGGGCAUGUUGCUCAUGACCACUGUUGUGACUGCCACUGCCUACUACUUCUUAGAUCGGGAGGAGAACAGGAACUUUGAGACAGCAUACACACAAUUUGCCAGGACGCUUGUUGAUGCUGCCUUGGAACAGCAACAGAGCUUGAGGGAUUCCAUGGCAACUCUGUCUAAUGAAAUCACUGGUCAUGCCCAGGCAAACAACCUCACUUGGCCCUAUGUGAUCCUUCCUCUCUUUGAGUCAUAUGCCUUGAACUAUUUCAAACAUUGUGCUGGUGAAUAUGUUGGGGUCAACAAUUUGGUGAAACACAAUGAGUCAGAAGCCUAUAUCAACUGGACUACUGCACACUACAAGGACUGGAUUGAACAAUCACACAUCAUUCGAUAUGGCAACACUGACUUGCUGGACACAGAUCCCACAAGGUACAACCAGUUCAUUAGCAAGAAGUCGGCCGAAGGCGAAGUCCCUGAUGAUGUUCGAGAAUACUAUUCAGCUCGUACCAUUCAGUCUCCUCCUAUGAGGGGCUAUGGUCCAUUGAUGAACCUCAACAUUGCCAGCAUUGGAACGAAUGACCAAGUCAUAGAUGGAGUCAUCAAGCUCAAAUAUGAAACUCUUGUCACCGCCCUCAAACCCUUCCAAGCAUUACCACCAGAAGAGCAUCAGAACUUCCACACAGACUCCAAGGCUGACAAUCCUCACAGUUUCAUGUACCAUCCAGUCUACAAAAGAGUAAGGGAGCCUGGUAGUGGGGUUGUUGCUACAGUGACAGCAUCCGUGGCAUGGGAUGCCUCCAUGCGAAAUCUGUUGCCAAGUAAUGUGAGAGGUAUUCUCUGUGUUGUGGAAAACACCUGCGACCAGGUUUUCACAUAUGAGAUCAAUGGCAAGGAUGCCAUUUAUCUGGGCAGUGGUGACAUGCACAACCCCAAGUAUGAUCACCUUGAAGUCAUGGUGGAUCUAUCCAUGCACACCCAUCCCAAUUUCACCACCACCCCAGGUCAUUGUCAGUACUCAAUGCAUGUGUACCCAACAGAGACAUUUGAAGGUGACUACACCACCGCAAUGCCCAUUACCUUUGCAGUUGUGGUUCUUGCAUCCUUUAUUACAGUUGCUUUGGUCUUCAUUAUCUAUGAUUGGUUUGUCAAGAGAAGGAACAAAGAAUUGUCCAAAACAGCGGCUCGUUCAGACAGAUUGGUCUCCUCUCUUUUCCCUGGUGAUAUCAAGUCCAAAGUUCUGGAGCAGCAUGAUGACACAGACCGAUCCUUCUCCAAUCCAAAGAAGGAACAAGCAGACCAUGGUGUUGCUCACAACAUGUUGGCACAGGUAUACCCUGAAACAACCAUCCUUUUUGCUGACCUUGUUGGCUUCACAAAAUGGUCUUCGGGUAGAACCCCCGCAGAGGUCUUUGAGCUUCUAGAAACAUUAUACAAGGCCUUCGAUACGGUGGCUCAAAGGAGAAAUGUGUUCAAGGUUGAAACUAUUGGAGAUUGCUAUGUGGCUGCCACUGGAAUCCCAGAUCCACAAGCCCAUCAUGCCAGUAUCAUGGUGCGAUUUGCCACUGACUGCAUGACUCAAAUGAAGAUUUUGACGGCUGAGCUGUCCGAAUCAUUGGGCCCAGACACAGCUACAUUACUGAUGCGAGUUGGCAUGCACUCUGGUCCUGUGACAGGUGGCGUGCUCCGUGGCUGCAAGAGCCGAUUCCAGCUCUUUGGAGAUAGUAUGAAUACUGCAAGUCGGAUGGAAAGCAAUGGUGUUCCUGAACGCAUUCAUGUUUCUCAAGCCACUGCAGAUUUGCUUGUGUCUCAAGGCAAGGGUAACUGGUUGACUCCAAGGGAAGAUAAGGUUGUUGCCAAAGGCAAGGGAGAGUUGCAAACGUACUUUGCUGCCAUUGCUGGAAGAACAGCAACCACAGUAUCCUCCGCUGAAACGUCUCUGUUCGGGGACGCUGAUAUGCAAUCUCGUAGCUUCAUGGUUGAUGAGUCAUGCCGCUACGAUGUCAGGGGAGAAUCCGACGGCGAGUCCCGAUAAACCUAGUUUGGAUUUGCGGUCGCGUCCACCUUUAGCACAGUACGAAGGGCUUUUAUUUCCUCCUCCUCCUCCCAAAUCUAACUUCACAUUACGUUCUUCGCACUUUUCGUGUCUUGUUUUGUGCCUGU